GUGCGGCUGAAGGCUUGGAUCUCGUCUUCGCCGCCGCCGCCGCCGCCGCCGAUCGCAGCUCCCUUAAUCCGAAAAGCCUGCUUGAUUAACAAGCCAUGGAAGACUGCGCCCUGCUGCCAGAUCUCCGAGACAUCGAGCUCAAGCUGGGGCGCAAAGUCCCCGAGAGCCUGGUGCGCUCCUUGCGGGGGGAGGAGCCGGCCGUCGCCCGCGACAGGGAGAAGGACCGCGAGCAAGCCGGCGGCGGUCCUGGCGCCACCGGCUUCUCCGCCGCCCUGGUGCCCCCGCGAGCCGCCAUACUCAGCGGCAACUCCAGCGCCCUGGAGAGACUGGAGACCAAACUUCACCUCCUCAGGCAGGAAAUGGUGGAUCUGCGAGCUACUGAUGUCAAGCUAAUGCGACAGCUACUGAUCAUCAACGAAAGCAUUGAAUCAAUUAAGUGGAUAAUGGAAGAAAAAGGAGCCAUUACCAGUAGGGGCAGCAGCUUGAGUGGAAGUCUCUGCAGUUUGCUGGAAAGUCAGGAGACCUCUUUGAGAGGCAGCUACAACAGCUUGCAAGACUGCAGUGACGGACUAGAUGGAAUAUCUGUGGGGAGUUACCUGGACACUUUGGCCGAUGACAUCCCAGGCCAGCGCACUCCUUCGGACAUGGACCAGCUCAGUGACUCUUCUUUCGUAGAUGACCCUCAGUCCCUACAUAAACAUAACAAGAUUGAGUCUGACGAGUACUACUGUUUUGGUUGAUAAGAUGAAACUUUAGAAGAGACACAUGUGCACUUGUAUUUAUGAUUCUUCUAUGCUGCUAUUUGUUUUAAGCAUUUUUAAAGCACCUUUAUAAAAGAUAACCUAUUUUAAUUAAAUCUGCUUAAGUCUAUCUCUCUGCCAUCACUCCUAGAUUUCCCUUGCCCUCCGCUCCUGAGUGGUUUUCCUCAUCUUUUCGUCGUCAUAAUUUAUUGCUGUGAUUUCUCUGUUCUCUUUUAUAAUACUAUUUUUGAUUCUUUUUUUAAAAAAAAUAAAGGUGAGGGAAAUUAACUUGAUCUUCAAUGCAAAGCGUGAAAAUGAGGAUUUACUGAAUUUUACACUUGACUGACAAUAAAUCACUUUCUAUUA